ACGGAGCCUUACCCCACUUGAUUCUCUCUCACUCCCCGCACACAGUCUCCCUGUCUCUCUCAAAUCCCCCCAAAUAAUCUUUGGUUAAUUUACGCAACUAUCACUCCAAACUCCAAAACCCUAAUUACCCCCACUCCUCCGUCAUGCUUCCUUUUUCCGUCACCGCUGCUUCACAAAUCCGGCAUCUCCUCAACAACGUCACCGCCGCUAACUUCGACUCCGUUUAUCAACAGCUCUCCGAGUUCAUUGGAUAUGGAACUGAAGAAAGCAUAUUGGUGCUUCAGACCUGCUUUGAUCAAUUAAAUUUUCAGUGGAAAGACUAUAAGAAUAUCCAGUUGGAACCUAUAUUCGUAUCAAUUUUUAGAAACAUCUUAAACCGGCCAAAUUUCAGUACACUAUUGUGUCAGUCAAUAAAAAGUCUGUCUGUUAAUGAAGAUCUCUUGGACAGUCUCUGCAAGGCAAUGCAACUUGCAGCAUCUGAAAGAAUUGUAUUAGGUCUUGCUUUGUCUGAAUCCGAAAAUGCUGAUGUCAGAAUGUGUGGUAAGAGUUUUUGCAUAUCUCAGAUUGCACAACUUUGUUCCAGUCAUGAAUCAUUGGGUUCUGCUGAGCAAAUUCAGAACAUUCUUAUUUUUCUUACUCAAUCGAAAGGGCUUUGCAACCAUGUGGAUUCAUUUAUUGAAAUACUAUCGCUGGUUCAUUUGAAAGGAAAUUCUGAGUUUAUCUUGGCUCCGUUGCUUACAAAUGAAUUGCGUGAAGUCAACUUUUUCAGCAAUUUGGAUAUGUUCAAUGAGAACUCUGAAAAUGAGUUCGAUAUUAUCUUGGCUGAAAUGGAAAAAGAGUUAUGUAUGGCUGAUCUGAUGAAAGAAUUUGGUUACGGUUGUACUGUGAAUGUCACACAAUGCAAGGAUAUGUUAGCUCUAUUCUUACCGUUGACUGAAGUUACUGUUGCUAGAAUAUUUGGUUCUGUUGUCCACACGAAUUCUGAACUUGAUAGAUACCAGAAUACCUACUCGACAUUUUGUUCAGCUAUCAGUGGCAGCAGCUUAUCAGAUCUGCCACACUUAGAUUCUUGGAGUGUUGAUGUGCUCAUCGAAUCCAUCACACAACUUGCUCCAGGAAUUAACUGGAUAAACGUCUUUGAGAACUUGGAUUAUGAGGGUUUUUACAUUCCGAACGAGGCUUCUUUCACUUUAUUGAUGUCAAUUUACAGACGUACAUGUCAGGAACCAUUUCCGCUUCAUGCUGUUUGCGGCUCAGUAUGGAAGAAUGCUGAGGGUCAGAUAUCUUUUAUUAAGCAUGCUGUCUCAGUAUCACCUGAAGUAUUUAGCUUUGCAAAUUCUGCGAGGCAACUGGCGUACACAGAUGCUGUGGAAGGUGACAAGUUUCAUCUGGGACAUUCAAAUCAUGCAUGGCUAUGUCUUGACCUUCUGGAAGUAUUGUGCCAGCUAGCUGAGAGAGGUCAUGCAGGUUCUAUUCGACCAGUACUCGAGUUUCCUCGCAAGCACUGCCCAGAAAUCUUGUUGCUAGGGGUGGCAAGCAUCACAACAACAUAUAAUCUUCUGCAAUACGAGAUUUAUUCUUCCGUCUUCCCUGGGUUGCUGAAAAAUACUACUGGGACUAGUGUUUUUCUUCAUCUUUGGCAUGUCAACAAUAGCCUUCUGUUGCGUGGCUUCCUAGAUGCAUUCAGCAUAGACCCGGAAAACAUAAUUAAAGUUUUGGACUUGUGCCAUGAGUUAAAGAUUUUAUCAAAGGUAUUGGAUAUGGUUCCAUUUUCGUUCGGUCUUAGGAUGGCUGCCCUUGGUUCUCAGAAAGAACUCAUAGACCUGGAAACGUGGCUGAGUAUUAACUUAGUUAUAUAUAAAGAUACUCUCUGUGAGGAGUGCCUCAAGUUCAUAAAGGAGAUUCAAAAUAGCACUCAAGAGCAGUCAUCUGCUUGUUUUAACCAAUGUAGUUCUCUUCGGAAUAUCUACUCGGAGACAAUAUCUACAUUCUUGAAGGUCCUCCAGGCUAACGCCAGCUUAAUUUCUUCUAGCGAUCUUUUGGAGGAAAUAGAGAAGCAGAAUAUGACAGUUAUGCAAUCAAAUGUGAGAGUGAAGAAUCCUAGUGGUACUGAGUCGACUGCUGAUGGAUAUGCCAAUGAUGUUGAGACAGAAAUCAACUCAUUAUUUCAUCAAUUGUUUUCUGGCCAAUUGGCAGUUGAUGCAAUGAUUCAAAUGCUGGAUCAAUACAAAGAGUCAUCUGAAAAGAGGGAACAAUCUAUAUUUGAGUGCAUGAUUGCAAAUCUGUUUGAAGAAUACAAAUUUUUCUCCAAGUACCCUGACAGGCAGCUCAAUAUUGCCGCUUAUCUGUUUGGAUCACUUAUCCAACAUCAACUUGUCACUCAUCUUACACUUGGCAUUGCUUUGCGUGCGGUAUUGGAUGCACUACGCAAACCUGUGGAUUCUAAAAUGUUUAUAUUUGGUACCAAAGCUCUGGAACAGUUUGUUGAACGCGUAAUUGAGUGGCCACAGUACUGCAAUCAUAUUUUGCAAAUAUCUCAUUUACGGGGUACUCAUUCAGAACUUGUUGCAUGUAUAGAGCGUGCACUUGUCAAAAUUUCACCAAGUCGUUCAGAGCUAGACGUAGGCCCUGUUCCUGCUGUUGACCAACACCAAAAAUCUAUCCCUGCAGCAAACAUGGAGACACAGGUGUCGGCGUUUCCUAUUAUUGGAUCUACUACCAUGCGAAUAGCAGCCCAAGCUUCUUCUGUCCAGCUUCAACAGAGGCAGCAGAGUUUGUUAGAGGAGGAACGUAAAGCUUCUCUACCAGCAUCCAGCUACAUGAAGCUGACUUCACCACCUGCAAUGAAUCCUUCAGUUUCUACUAGUGAUGCGUCAAGUACCCUGAAGAGUACAGUUUCAGCUGCAUUGUCUUCAUCCAAUAAUCUUGUCCGUCCUUCACGUGCAGCUCCUGCAACACGGUUUGGCUCUGCUCUUAGUAUCGAAACACUUCUUGCUGCCGCAGAACGAAGGGAAAAUCUAAUACAGGCCCCAGCAUCUGAGAUCCAGGAUAAGAUAUCAUUCAUCAUUAAUAACUUGUCACCAGCUAAUGUGGAAGCUAAAGCAAAAGAAUUUUCGGAGUUCCUUAAAGAGCAAUAUUAUCCUUGGUUUGCUCAAUAUUUGGUGAUGAGAAGAGCUAGCAUUGAGCCAAAUUUUCAUGAUUUGUACUUGAAGUUCUUGGACAAAGUGAAUUCAAAACCAUUGAACAAAGAGAUCGUGCAAGCUAGUUAUGAAAACUGCAAGGUUUUGCUAGGAUCUGAUCUUAUAAAAACACAUUCUGAGGAGCGGUCUCUCUUGAAGAAUUUGGGCAGCUGGCUUGGGAAGAUUACGAUUGGUAGGAACCAUGUCUUGCGGGCUAGAGAGAUUGAUCCUAAGUCAUUGAUUAUUGAGGCUUACGAGAAAGGUUUGAUGAUCGGAGUCGUUCCAUUUACAUCGAGGAUACUGGAAAGUUGUCAAAACAGUCUUGCAUAUCAACCACCUAAUCCUUGGACUAUGGGUAUUCUUGCAAUACUAACUGAAAUUUACGCAAUGCCAAAUUUGAAAAUGAAUCUUAAGUUUGACAUCGAGGUUUUAUUCAAGAACCUAUCUGUGGAUAUGAAAGAUGUCAGUCCUAGUUCUCUUCUCAAGGACAGAGCAAAAGAAAUAGAAGGAAAUCCUGAUUUUUCCAACAAAGAUGUUGCACCAUCCCAGGCAUCAAUUGUAGGUGACGUGAAACCAGGCAUAGUGUCAAAUCUUAAUCAAGUGGAGCUACCACAUGAUGUUGCUAUUCCUUCCCAUCCUACGGUCCCUUCUCAUGUAUUAUCUCAGUAUGCUGCUCCUGUCCCUCAGUCUAUGUCAAAGUCGGAGGAUGAGAAAGUGGCACCUUUCGUCAUAUCUGAUCAGCUUCCUUCUGAUCAGGCUCUUCUUCAAGUGCAAUCUUCUUUCCCUGUUAGCCAGCUGCCUGCACCAGCAUCUAGUAUUGAACAACAAGUGGUUGUCAAUCCCAAGCUGCAUAGUCUAGGACUACAACGGCAUUUCCAGAGUGUACUUCCUCCAAUCAUGGAUCGGUCCAUGAAAGAGAUUGUGUCUGGUAUUGUCCAGCGCAGCGUUUCUAUUGCAACUCAAACAACAAAGGAACUAGUUUUGAAGGACUAUGCUAUGGAGUCAGAUGAGACUCGAAUACGUAAUGCAGCACACUUAAUGGUGGCAAGUUUGUCUGGGAGCCUGGCCCAUGUGACAUGCAAGGAACCUCUUCGCGCUUCAAUCAUAAGUAACUUGAGGACUUCAGUUCAGGGUUUGACGCUUGCAAAUGAGCUCCUUGAACAAGCUGUUCAGCUUGCCACUAAUGAUAACCUUGAUCUUGGAUGUGCUCUGAUUGAACAAGCUGCGACAGAGAAGGCUGUACAGACUAUUGAUGGGGAAAUAACUCAGCAACUCUCAGUAAGACGGAAGCAGAGGGAGGCUGUUAGACCUGCAUAUUUCGAUACGAGCCUGUAUAAUCAAGGUCACAUGGGUGUUUUACCGGAGGCUCUCCGACCUAAACCUGGGCGUCUCUCACACUCACAACAGCGAGUUUAUGAGGAUUUUGUCCGCUUACCUUGGCAAAAUCAGUCUGGACAAACCUCAAAUCCUUCUUUAGUUGGUCCUUCAAGUACUGCAAGUGUUGGCUUCUCAGAGGGAUAUAGUUCAGCAUCUAGUCUCUACCCAACUAUUGGGACCACAGGAAUGGGUGCUGUGGCAGAUUCUAGUGGUUUGGGCCCUGAAGAUCUGGAUGCUGGUUCAGCAAAACAACUCAAUUCUUCCACUGUGCAUUCUGGGUUGGCUGAAUGUGUAGAUCAACACAACUUUGGAAGUGGUGUUAUCCCUAUUUCGACGUGUGAAGUGCCUGCUGUACAUACGAAUGCUGUAAAAGAAUCAGGAGAGCAUGCACAGUUGUUAUCUUCUACGUCCACAACUGAGAAAUUUGGAAGCAGCAUCUUAGAACAGUCAUUAACUACAGGCGAUGCGCUAGACAAGUACCAGCUUGUUUCAGAGAAGCUUGAGAAUCUGAUGACGGCUGACUGUACAGAAGCGGAUAUUCAGGCACUUGUUGCUGAGGUACCUGAAAUUAUCCUUGGGUGCAUAAGUCGAGAUGAGGCAGCAUUAGCAGUAGCUCAAAAGGUUUUUAAAGGGCUAUAUGAGAACGAUUCAAACAUAGCACAUGUAGGUGCUCAUCUUGCAAUUUUGGCUGCCAUUCGUGAUGUUAGCAAGUUUCUUGUGAAGGAGCUUACUAGUUGGGUAAUCUACUCUGAAGCGGACCGGAAAUUCAACACAGAUAUUACUGUCGGUCUUAUUCAAAGCGACUUGCUUAAUGUUGCAGAUUAUAAUGUCCAUAUGGCAAAACUUCUUGAUGCAGGAAGGAAUAAGCCUGCCACAGACUUCUCAAUUUCUCUCAUUAAAACAUUAGCGAGGAACAAUCCAAAAGUCAUAUCCGAAUUACAUCAUCUUGUUGAUGCUCUAGCUAAGCUUGCAGCAAGGCCUGGAUCUCCAGAGUCUUUGCAACAUCUGGUUGAGAUUGCUAGGAAUCCUUCUGCUUUAUCUGAUCUUACUGUUGGGAAAGAGGAUAACGUGAGACAUUCUAGGGACAGAAAGCAAGCAAGUGGUCACUCUGCAGCAAGCCGGGAAGAGUUCAAUCUUCUGGGUUCUGUAGAACCAGAUCCAGUUGGAUUUCGUGAUCAGGUCUCGAUGCUGUUUGCAGAAUGGUAUAGGAUAUGUGAACUUCCUGGGCCAAAGGAUUCAGCUUCUGCUCGCUAUGUCGUACAAUUGAUGCAAAGUGGACUGCUGAAUGGGGAUGAUAUGUCAGACAGAUUUUUCCGCCUUCUCAUGGAACUCUCUGUGUCUCACUGUCUACAAUCACAUCAACAAACACAGCCGUUAUCUUUCCUUGCUAUAGACAUAUAUGCUGCACUGGUCUUUUCAAUACUUAAGUUUUGUCCCGUGGACCAUGGGUCAAGUAAACUAUCUCUGUUGUCCAAGGUUUUGGCGGUUGCUGUGAGAAUUAUAUAUAAAGACGCAGAAGGGAAAAAAGCAUCUUUCAAUUCAAGGCCAUAUUUCAGGCUGUUCAUUAACUGGCUGUUUGACCUGGCUACCUUGGAACCGGUGUCUGAAGGUGCAAAUUUACAGGUUUUGAUAGCACUGGCAAAUGCAUUUCAUGCACUGCAGCCACUUAAAAUACCCGCAUUCAGCUAUGCCUGGCUGGAGUUGGUGAGCCACAGAAAUUUCAUGCCAAAGUUGCUUAGUGGGAACCCUCAGAAGGGUUGGCCCUGUUUCCAGCGCUUACUAGUUGACUUGUUUCAGUUCUUGGAGCCAUUCUUGAGGAACACUAAACUGGGGGAGCCGGUUCAUUUUCUAUAUAAAGGUUCACUUAGGGUGUUGCUGGUGCUCCUUCACGAUUUCCCAGAAUUCCUCUGUGACUAUCAUUUUAGCUUCUGUGAUGUCAUUCCCUCAAGUUGCAUACAAAUGCGAAAUAUUAUUCUCAGCGCAUUUCCUCGGAACAUGAGGCUACCAGAUCCUUCAACUCCUAAUUUAAAGAUUGAUCUGUUGGUGGAGAUUACUCAGGCUCCGUGUAUACUCUCGGAGGUUGACACAGCUCUUAGAGCGAAGCAGAUGAAGAGUGAUGUUGAUGAAUAUCUGAAGACAAAGCAACAUGGGUCUUUCCUUUCUGAGCUAAAGAAAAAACUGCUCCUUCCUCCAGUUGAUGCUGCUCAAGCUGGGACUCGGUACAAUGUACCUCUAAUGAACUCCCUUGUACUUUAUGUUGGCGUGCAGGCCAUACAACAGCUGCAGGCGAGAACCCCCUCUCAUGCACUUGGAAGUGGUUCAUUGGCUGCAUUUCAUGUCGGUCCUGCUUUAGAUGUCUUUCAGUUAUUAAUCACAGAGCUAGACACAGAAGGCCGGUAUCUCUUUUUGAAUGCAGUUGCUAACCAACUACGUUAUCCAAAUAAUCACACACAUUACUUCUCGUUCAUCCUACUUUACUUGUUUGCAGAAUCAAACCAGGAAGUUAUCCAGGAGCAGAUUACUAGAGUGUUAGUGGAGCGCCUUAUUGUUAGUAGACCACAUCCUUGGGGGCUGUUAAUCACAUUCAUUGAGCUUAUUAAGAAUCCGAGGUACAACUUCUGGAAACGGUCUUUUACCAGGUGUGCGCCUGAGAUUGAAAAGCUUUUUGAUUCGGUCUCGAGUUUGUGUGGGCGUUCAAAACCUGUGGAAGGUGUGGUUUCCGGUGGGUUGUCUGACAUGCUCUAGAUAUUCUCUGUUCAUCUGUCACUGUUGUGCUAUGUCAAGACAAUUAGAUGAUGACAGUAUUGGCGUCCCUCAUUCUUGCAAACAUACAAUCAUUAAGUGCUUUAUUAUGACAGGCCUUGUAAAUACAAGAUAAUAGUGAUUUAGCAGAUAUUAGAACUAGGAUGGUGCAAUCUGUUAACUUAGCAGAGUAUUUUUCGAUUUGCAAGUGAUUUUGGCUAUUUCAAGUAUUUCAUAGUAAAUAAUUUUUUUUGCUUAAA